CUUGUCCUUAGAGGAAACAAUGACAUCAAGGUUACAAGUGCAGAUGGGCCCUGCACUGAUAAUCCAUUUGAGUUCCUAUGCAAGAUUACGAACUGGCUACUUGUCCGAACUGCUGAAACAGAUUUAGGAAUAACCCAGCAGCCAGAGUGCAUGUCUCAUCUAUUACAUCAUCUUAUUCAUAAACAAGAGGAGAAUGUCCCAUGUUGUUCAGCACACCUGUGUGUGACUCGGAGGGAGGAAGAUGAAAGAAAGCAAGUAAUGGACAUCUGACCAAUACAUUCCCCUCCGCAUCAUCAUUCUUCUAAAGAUUUUCCAGUGCUAUCUACAAAAGGAAUGGGGGACUGGGGAUUUCUGGAACAGCUUCUAGAAAAAACCCAGCGGCAUCAAACCGUGAUUGGGAAUAUUUGGCUCUCCAUACUUUUCAUCUUCAGAAUUCUAAUCCUUGGGCUUGCAGGAGAGUCUGUGUGGGGAGAUGAGCAGUCUGACUACAAAUGUAACACUAUACAACCUGGGUGUCAAACUGUGUGUUAUGACAAAGCAUUCCCCAUUUCCCACAUCCGCUUCUGGGUCUUGCAGUUCCUGUUUGUGUCUUCUCCAACCCUAUUGUAUCUUGGACAUGUAGCAUGUGUAAUAAAGAAAGAAGAGAAACUCAGACAAAAGGAGGAAGCGUUGAAAUCAUUGCAAACAAAAGAUGAAAAGGUAGAACUCCUUCUACAGGAAGUAGACAGAAAGAUUUCUAAGCUAAAUGUUCAAGAAGAUGGAAGAGUUAAGCUAAAAGGGGCCUUAAUGUGUACAUAUAUAUGGAUAACAAUCUUCAAAGCUUUAUUUGAAGCUGGUUUCUUAUUUGGUCAGUGGUAUUUAUAUGGAUUUGUCAUGGAGGCUGUUUAUGUUUGCAAACGAUUCCCAUGCCCUCAUCAAGUUGAUUGUUUCAUGUCCCGUCCUACUGAAAAGACCAUUUUUAUAAUUUUUAUGUUGGUAGUAGCUAUUGUGUCACUCACCCUCAACUUAUUAGAGCUUUUCUACUUGUUGAUUAAGUGUCUGAGAGAUAAAAUUGAAACAAGAUCCCCUAAGUUGACAAAUCCACAGCUUGACAACCGCAAAACACCAAAUGCACCAUACAGUGAGAAAGAAUAUUUCUAUUUACCAGAGAUCAACAGUCCUCAGUAUCAGAACUGCAAUCGACUCUCAAGUGAGCAAAACUGGAACAACUUUAAGACUGAGCAAACACUAGCACAACAGAAGAGCAAAGACAACUUGCCCAGUCAUGAGGCUACUCAUGAUAUAUUGGGCUUGUCACAAUGUGUGCCUUAUCAAAGUCUAGGGAAUAAAUCACAGUAUGAAACACCCAGAAAGCAAUAUGUAUAAUCAAUACAGAGAAUUGUAUAUUUGAAUUAUGACUUUUUGAAAUGGUUUUAUAAAAACAUCUAAUCAUUGUAUACAAAGAUCUAAUUUAUGGCUAAUACUUUAUAUUUUUAAAUCAAUAACACACAACUUUGGCAUAGUGUUAGCAGUCACUCUAAAACAAAAGACAACCUUUUCUGAACAGCGGUGGUAGACAAAUGCAUACCUUUCAGAUGUCCCUGAUUUUGCAGAAUGUCCCUGAUUUUGCAGAAUGUCCCUGAUUUUGCAGAAUGUCCCUGAUUUUGAUUCAUAUUUUGCCCUGCCUCUCAUAAAUGUUUUGAUUUUCUGAUAAAUUACUGAGGAUUACAGUCAAUAAUUCAAUAUAUUCAAGUUUCAUACUUCAUAUUCUUAAAAAAAUGCAUAUUGAUGCAAAACCCAUUGUUUUAUUAACAUUUUAAAUGAACUAGAGUAAUAUUUACCAAAAAUGUCCACAAUUUUGGGCCUUGCCUGAACAAAGGAAUUGAAGGGUAUGGAUGAAUGCUGAAUAAAAAAAAGUUGUUUGAUUCA